UUAAUAUAGGUAGUGCUUUUGGUAUUUCGCGUUUUAUUACACAUCGCACAUCCAUUUGUACUUGUCCUGUUCAGAAAUGCUAUAUAUAUAUACUACUCGCCUUCGCUCACUGCGAAACUUAUACCAAAAUCUUAGUUAAUCCCAAUCCUUAAAGCAUUUAUUAAUCAGUCUAAUAAGUGAUUAAUUAAGAGAUUAAGCCAGUGAUCUGAGCUGCAUGGCGAGGGGUCAGAAGCUGACGAUGAGCCGUAGCGAGCGUUACUUGGGGAGCUACAGUUACGGCGACGGUCACCCAAACUCCGUCACGGACCAAUCGGAGCUCGUCGAGGACGACAUCUGGUCCGCUACCGCCGAGCACGAACACGAAGAUGAAGGCGCGUGGACUCCACGCUCCUCCGCAAACGACGUCUGGUCCAUCGUGGAACGAGCCGAAGCUCCGAGUCCGGUCGAAACGUAUGGCGCGUGGCCAGCACGCGCCGCCGCGGCGAGGGACGGAUUGUCCCUGGCGUUCCAGGAUUCGUCUUCUUCCUCGACGAUCGUUCACCCCCCCCGCCGUAACGGUUACGAAGGUGGUGUAGGAGGAGGAGGUAGUGGCGGUGGUGGUCGGCAAUUGGCGACGUCGGCGCCGGUGAACGUGCCGGACUGGAGCAAGAUAUACCGAGUCAACUCGGUCGAGUCGAUACACGAGUCGGAGGACGAGGAGGAUUCCGGUAUGGUGCCGCCGCAUGAGUACCAGGUGCGGCGGAGCAGGAAGAUCGGCGGCGGAGGUGGAGCGUCGUUGUUCCAAGGCGUUGGGAGAACGCUGAAGGGCCGGGAACUGCGUCGCGUUCGCGACGCAAUUUGGAGCCAAACAGGGUUCUAUGGCUAAUUAAGUAGUAAUAAAUUUCAAAAAAUUAAAAAAAAAAUCAUUUAAAAAAAUUGAAUUGGAAUUACUCAUUUUGUCCGAUAGAUGAAUUCGUCCCCUCUUUUGUUUUUUUCGUUAAUAUAAAUCUAAUGGUUUAUAUUUAA